GUCUUAAUCUGUCUAGGUGUUGACCAAUGCCGACCAUUUCUCUUCCGUGCUAGUUCAUUCAUCCGCCCGAGAAACUGUCGACACCUUCGGCUAACUUUUCCAUUGAAAAACAACGGACAAACGGCCCUUCACUGGUGGGUGCCGGUCAUUUCAGGAAUAUCAAGACUUGUGUGAUGAGAGAUGAGCUGCGUGAGUUUGAUGAAGGCCGUGGGGAGACCUUAAACCAUGGAAGUUCGAGUUUAAGUGAAGCCACGGCGGGUCAAGGUCGUUAUGUGGUGCCCUUCACCAUGUCACGAGAGGAAGAAGCCGUCGGGAUGGAACUGGCACGGUCUCAGUUGGCACAGUUGAUGAACGAGUGUGCUACGUCAAGUACUGACCAUUCAUGGACACGAGUCAAGUCUCGGAAGUCAACGGGGGUUGUUCUAUGGGAGAAACGAUCCAUGAAAGCUAAACGAGAGUCUAAGCGGAAGAUAUGGGGGGCGAUACCUAGCACGUCUGUAAUAGGUGUAGAUGAAGAUCAUGGACCAGUGACGUACAGUGUUCGCAGUAGCACGACUGUGAGUGCACCAUUGGAUACGGUGCUUAAGACUCUGGAUGCGUCGGUGGCAACAGCACAUCGGUCGUUCACCAGAAUCAUCUACGGUAACCUCGUAGCUGACACGUCCGUACUAUACCAUAGCUCGACGCCCUGCACCGAUUUCCUGGCCGAGAACGAAAACGACAGCUUUGAAACACUCGCUGUUCGCUGGUUUGUGUGUCGAUGCAGUAACCCAAUGGUCUCCGACUGCGACUUAUGUCUUCAGGAGUAUACGAAGCGAUACUCAAUUGACGAGGUAGCCAUGAACGGCGAUCACUACAACAAUAACAAGUGUGAAGAUGACGAUAUAAGCAGUGACAACUACGAAGGCGAGAUGCCUCUAGCGUACAAACUUUUCCGUUCGAUGGAGACAAGACAUUGCCCUGAACUGCUGGAAUCCCAUCGCGUCAUUCGCUGUAAAGUUCCUCUUGGCGGGUUCCUCUUGUAUCCGACAGACAACAGUGACAAGACUGAUGUUGUCUUCUACAUGAGCAUCGCGCAGGAUAACCCAAACAACCGUAGUGGCAACCCAGCACUGAACAAUCCAAUGCUGACACAGUGUAGUGACCGACAGUUCCGUGCAUUUCAGAGCGUCGUGCGGCAAAUGGCGUUGCAAAUUGGUCGCUUGGAUAACGCUGUGGAUUCGUACAAAAUGAGUCUACAUCUUGAGUCUCUGCGCACUCUGCAGUGGGUUCACAACGCGGAGCGGAAUGAGUGCGUCGUGUGCUUCAGAAGGUUCCACCAGCUCACUCGGCGUCGACAUCACUGCCGGUUGUGCGGAGAAGUCAUUUGCCGCGAGUGCUCAGUGCAUAAGGACAUUGAUCUGCCUACAUUUGGACCAACGGCACUGCGGAUCUGUACCAGUUGCAACCAGAUCCAUUCGUCACGAUCACAAGAAGCGAAAACAUCCUCGUCGCAGUCACCUGAAAAGCCGCGAAGACGCCGAGGAACCUUAACACCAGACCACAGCAUCGACAAGUCCAAGCCGCCAGCCUCUGAAGCGCCUCGUCGGCGGAGCAGCACGCUGGCUGGAGAUAGCACCAAGAAUGGUACGGACGACAGAAGAGCAUUCGAGCUGGUUGAACGGGGGGUUGUUGAAGUUAGUCAGCGUCGAAAAGGUCACGAGCAGCCAGCUAGUUGUCCUAAGCCUGCAGCGUCACCAGCUAUCGAUCGUCGAUACUUUGCAAACAAGUGGGGUGGUACUCGAAUGAUGAAGCAGUCCGUUGUUACGACAGCUCCUAACACUCCGAAGGCGCCGUCGCCUUUUGGGAUUCAUCGCUCAUCUUCUGCGACUUUCUCGGCUUCUCCGCACAAGUCGAUGAUCACAAAAGAACGUCUAAUAUCCAAAGAUGUUGAUCCGGAAAUUAAUCAUCGUGAAGAUGAAGACAAAUAUGAGAGCUACGAUGCCAACAGCGACUCAGAAUGGAAUCCUGAGUCUUCUCGAGCUCCAAUCUACGCCGUGAAAAAUGGCAUCCUCAUGGACAACAACUCACUCAAGAGUAAUCAGCAGGCUACAGCGAGUGUGUCGCCUCUGGCUUCACAGCAGGACAGAGCUAUGAUCUACCGCAGCUUCGAGUCGCUGCAAAUGUAUGAAGACAUUUUCCUCAAGCUCUGCGAGAACGCGGCUUCAGUUCGACGCUCCAAGUUCAUCUACGGCUCUUCGUCAGAUGAAGAGCAGCUACAACAGGAAGGGAAUUCUCCGCUGUCUAACCAAUUGGACACGAGUUCUCAGGACAGAGCUAUGAUCUACCGCAGCUUCGAGUCGCUGAAAAUGUAUGAAGACAUUUUCCUCAAGCUCUGCGAGAACGCGGCUUCAGUUCGACGCUCCAAGUUCGUGGCGUUGACGCUGUUCACUCAAACAGACAAGGACCAACAGAACGAGACCGAGUCGGCCGUCCACUACCUUAAGGUUGCAGGUAGAGCCACGCUCAUGAAUAUUGCGGCGAAUAUGCGUUGCUGUGACCCGGUGCUUCAACUGAACACACCUAUUAUCACGCGGAAUACAUUGGCAUUGGACGGCAAGUCUCACCCGUCAGGAUACGAGUUCCGACAGCUUCCAAUCGUCAUGGGCCCGCAGCAAGCGAGGUUCUACGCGGGUGUGCCGCUUACCGACUCCAAGACGCGAUACCGGUAUGGUGCUCUUGCUGUAUUCGACACUGCUAUCAGUCCCGGUGAGGACGAUGAUCUCCCUAUGAGGAAGACGCUGCAAGCACUUCAAGUAUGUGCACGCGAGGCAGUGAUGGCUGUGGACGAGAGGAAGAAGGAACUUGAGCUACGGACCUUCCUGCAGGCACCUUUGAUACAGCUACGACAGUCCGAACCUGCACUACACCUUAGCAUGGAAAUCUCGCAGUCAAGUCCCGACUGGCGUGACAUUGAGAGUCUCGACGGGGAUAGCGACGACGACAAUGACGAGGCGCAACGCCGUCUUAAGUACCAGCUUAGGAACGCUCGAACGAAGAGCGACCCUGAGUACCCGAGUAGCGGCAGCCCCAGCGUCGGCAAAGCUCGUGUCGAAUAUUUUCGGAACAAGAUGCAAGAACUUGUGCGGCAGGCCCAAGACACGCAGGCACAGUUGGUGGAGAAUACGCUGGUCAUGGAACGCCAAGGAGUCCCUAUUGUGUAAGAGCUUUCUGUAUCAAUCUACCCCUUGUGAUGAGCCAGGAAAUACAUGAUCUGCGUGUUAAUUUCUCGUCUUUUGAGCUAUUCACAGCAGUCUCACAGAGCUGCGAGUGGGUAGGAUAUCCGCCAGGUCGUAUUAAUUGGCUUGGAAGAACUCGUACGUCUUGUUGCGAAAAGCCAGCACCUUGGAGUUCCAGCCCUCGCGCACGUACGUGUAGUACUCAUGCUCUCGACUCGGAAGUGGCUCGUAUCUUUCCUCGUGGCGCGUCUUCAGCUGGAGCGAAAUAGCAAGUAAGUAUUCACUAUUGGCACAGACAAUAGACGCAGGACAUACGUGGUCGCCAUGGAAGCUCUCCUUGACCUGGCUCACCGAAUACAGCACGACGCUCUCGCGUUCCAUCAACUGGAACUUGACGGCGCCGUACCGCAAACCGCCGAGCGCUACUCCAGCCACAAAUGCACUCAACGACAUCGAUUUCGUCUUUGCGAGUACGAAAGACUUUCACUCAUUAAAAAAAAAACAUUUUUUUUUUUACUGGU